GCGAGCUUUGCUUUAGGGCGACCAUGGCGGAAGGGGAGGAGAGGCUCAGCAUAUACAGAGCGACGAGGCGGAUCAAGAGGAGUGACAACUCGAUGUAUAAUGCUCUCAGGUCCAUCUACGAAGACUCCGUCUUCGUCUCCGAGAUCGCCGCCCUAUGGCCGGAGCUCCCACUGGUCGCAAACCUACGAUGUGGUCUCUGGUACUCCUCCCGUUUCCAUUCUACUUGCUACUUCAAGUCCACUGAUGGCCACACCAACAACUGGGCCUUCAGCACCUCCCGCCUCAACCUCCACCUUGCCCGCCUUGCCGGACAGAGAGGAGGGUGUAUAAUUGUUGAUUCUACACGCAAGGGAAAAAGAUUUCCAGAUAGCAUGUCAAAAACCAUACCUAUCUGGGCAUGUGUGUUGAAUAGGGCUAUUGCAAAACGUUUGCAAGAAAGAGAGAGCAGAAGAGAAUGUGAAUUGGAUUCGGAAACCAAUGCCAAUAAGACCACUGAAAUAAGGUCUACCUUUUCUAAUUGGGAUAGCUCUUUGCAUCUUCCUUCAUGGGUGCCUAAUAAUGAGGAAGCCGCUAUUGGGGAUCGUCUUGAGGAAUGGACUGGGCUGUUGGAAGGUUGUGGUGCAGAUAUUGAUUCUAUUGUCUCUGUACUGAAGAAGCCCCUGCGCCCAUUAUGGAUUUCUCAGAAGACACUUAUUUGGUUGAAUGAAGUUCCUGAAUGUGAUUCUUGGGAUUUUACACCUCUCAUUCUCAUUUCGGCAUCUGCACCAAAUGGAACAUCUCAGCAAAGAACUACCUCAGUGUUCAGCUGGCAGUACAUAGCUGGAGCAGGAGAUGAUGAAGAAAGCUGGGCAAGGGGCUUAUCGCCCAAGUUAUUCUGGGAUCAUGUGUUUGAUCUCAUUGAUUCUGGGCCUGAUUUAUGCAAAUCAAAAGUCGCUGAAAUUGUUGAGAGGGAAAGGGUUUAUCAUGCCCAUAGGGGUGCAUUUUCUCCCCAAGUUACAGUCAAGCCUCAGAAAUUACUGGUAAGCAACGGUGAUGCUUCACAUAAAGAACUCCAACUUACAGACUUUGAAUCCUCUAUGAACUCCAUGAGCGUAAGAUCUCCCAGCGCAGAGGGUUCUCUGUCUUGGGUAGGGUUAACAAAUGUUGCAGUGACCUCAACUUUGCAUGUUGCAGCUGUGUCUGGCCAUGUUGAUUGUGUAUUGAAUUGUGACAGCAAGCUAUCAUCUUUUAGCUUUCUAACUGCUGAUAUGUACAUGCAUCUGCCUAUCGUGGUACAACGCAGACUGAAAUAUCAUUUCUCAAAAAGCUCUUUUUUUGGUGCAAUCAGCUUUGCAAAGUCAAAAUUAACCCAAGGGAAUAAAUUACUUAUUUGCUGCGAAAAUGGAGAAGACAUUAGCAUAUGCGUGUGCCUUGCCAUCUUAACCUAUUUAUUUGAUGAGCAAGGAUCAUUUGAUGGAGGAAAAUCUUUCAUGCAUUCAACAAUUACUAAGUUGGAAAUGAGGCGACGACUAGUGUUGAUCUGUAAGUUUGCUGUGAACACAAGGCCAUCAAGAGGAAAUCUGAAACAAGUAUUUGCCUUUCUAAGUAAAGAAAGAGACCCAGUGAUGUGUUUGAAGUCUGGCUGCCAACAAAGAGAAGAAAUUUUGUGAACCUUCUUUUUGAUGGAUUAAACAACCGUGUAUCCAUUGUGUAAAAUGUUGAGGAAAAAAUAGUUGAAUAAUUUAAAAAAAAGAAAAAAGAAAAAUGUCUUACUUUGUAUAACAUAUAAGCUUAUUCAUGAUGCAAUUCAAUGUGAUAUUUGCCUAACUAUGAGCAACCGCAGAGUU